AUGGUCGGCAUUCUCCCGUUCAAAUCACAACAGCCUGUGUGGAGUCCCGGCGUAAUGGCCAGUCUACUUGGUGUAGGGAUGUCAGCCUACGAUUGGCGGACGUUCUGCGAUGCUGCACUGAGAACUGUACCAUACGUCCAUUGCGUAGUCGCACGAUCUAGCGGCCCACCUGCACCUAAAAAGCCGCGUCUCCACAGUGAUUCACAGAUGCCCCCAACACCUGCAGCGGUAGACGCGGCGGCGACCGGCGGACCAGAUCCCGCUAUGUCCUUGCAGCCGGCGGCAGCGGCGUCCAGUCCGCCACAGGAGUUCUCUCUGCUUCUGACCAACUGCCGAGUCCUGGAUGUUGCGGCAGGGAACUACCUAGAGGGCUUGCAAAGUGUUUUGCUCCAGGGAGGGCUCAUUCGGGAGGUCCGACCCAUGGGUCAUGCGGGGGCCACCACGACGGUGAUGGUGGCGGCGGCGGAGUCAGCAGAUGCGGAGUCAGCAGAUGCGGAGUCAGCAGAUGCGAAGUCAGCAGAUGCGGAGUCAGCAGAUGCGGAGUCAGCAGAUGCGGAGUCAGCAGAUGCGGAGUCAGCAGAUGCGGAGUCAGCAGAUGCGGAGUCAGCAGAUGCGGAGUCAGCAGAUGCGGAGGCUGAGGCGGGAAUUGCGCCGAUUGAGGGAUUUAGAACUCAUCCUCCUACAGCAGUGGAGGUGGACUGUGGGGGCGCUGUAUUGAUGCCUGGUCUUUGCGACGCUCACGUACACUGUACGGCAGUCACUGCUAACCUGGCGGGCCUUAUGUCGCUGCCGGAGUCGUACGUGUCGACAAAGGCGGCGCACAUCCUGGCCGGCAUGCUGGCGCGAGGGUUUACCACUGUACGGGACGCAGGCGGUGCGGAUUUCGGACUGGCUCAAGCUGUGGAGGAGGGCCUGGUGCUCGGACCUCGCAUCUUGUUUACGGGCCCCCCUUCACCGCCCGAUGUGGCCCCUCAGGGUCUCAGGUCGCUGUCCAUUGCCGACAAAGCCAAGGUGCCCAUGUGCUUCGGAAGCGACUUGCUAGGGAACAUGCAUCCUGCACAGGUACGGCACCGUACGGCACCGCUUCGGUACGGCACAAUCUCUGGGGUAUCAUAG